AUGGGAGAACUUCGUGGACAGGCGCUGGUUUUGACCGUGAGCGUGUUGACCUCCUUGGGGUUCAUGCUCAUUGGUUAUGACAAUGGACUCAUGGGAGGACUGGUAACGGCUCCGGCGUUCAACAAAACAUUCGACUCUCCUGACCCGACUAUGACCGGCCUCAUCGUCGCUAUCUACGAAAUUGGUUGCUUCCUCGGUUGUGUUGCCACCGCUUUCUUCGGUGAGAAAUUCGGUCGUCGCAGAACGAUCGGAUCCGGUGCCGCAGUCAUGGUCGUCGGUGCCAUCGUCCAGGCUGCAUCUUUCGGCCGCACGCAAAUGAUCGUCGGAAGAAUCGUCUCUGGCAUCGGCAUGGGCAUCGUCAACUCAACCGUCCCAGUUUUGCAAGCCGAGUUCAGCCCAAAGUCCAGUCGUGGAAUUUACGUCUGCGCGCAGCUGUCAACACUCAACUUCGGCAUCUUCCUCAUCUACUGGAUCGACUACGCUUUCUCCUCCCAUAUUGAGAGUUACGCCUGGAGAGUUCCCGUUGCUCUGCAAUGCGUCUGCAUUCUUCCCAUGUUUGCGAUUCUCAAGAUCAUCCCCGAGACACCUCGCUGGCUGGCCUCGCACGACCGCCCGGAUGAGUGUCUCGCUGUUCUAAGACGGCUCAAGUGGGACGAAGACGAAGAAUCGAUCAGAGUCCUUCAUAAUUCGAUCAUGCAGACGGUGGCGUACGAACAGUCGGUUAGCGCCGGGUCUUGGAGGGACCUGUUUGUGAACGAUCGCAUCAAGAGCCAGAGGAGGUUCUUGAUUGCUUGCGCCAUCCAAGGGUUCCAGCAGCUUGGCGGAAUCAACGCAAUCAUCUACUACAGCAGUACUCUCUUCGAGAAGAGCAUUGGAUUUGAUAACCACAUGUCGAGUCUCAUGUCUGGAUUCCUGCAGACUUGGUUCUUUGUAGCCUCGUUUAUUCCCUGGCUGUUGAUUGACAGGAUCGGUAGAAGACCUCUGUUGUUGUCUAUGAUCAGCGUGAUGGCUGCGGUGAUGGCAGUACAAGCCGGCCUCAUCUACCAGGUUCAGAACGCCACAGCCAUUGCGAAGUCGGCAGGCAUUGGUGCAGCCGCAAUGCUUUUUGUGUUCCAGGGAGCUUUCACCAUUGGAUUCCAGGCAACCGUCUGGGUUUACCCAUCCGAGAUUCUGCCCCUUAGGAUUCGCCAACUUGGCUCCUCAGUUUCCAGUGGAGUCAAUUGGAUCUUCAAUUACAUGGUCGUCCAAAUCACCCCAAUUGCAAUCUCCAACAUUGGUUGGAGAACCUACAUCAUUUUUGCUGUUCUUAACGCUACCUGGGUACCAAUUAUCUAUCUUUUCUUCCCCGAAACCAAGGGUUUGGAGCUGGAAGAUGUAGACCGUCUCUUCUCAGGAGAUAGCUUCGUUGACUUGAACCGUCACGACACUAGCGAGAAGCAGGAGGUGUGGGAUGUUGAGGAGGUUAGGGCAUGA